UAGAAGCACGACUUCUGUGAUUUCUGUAAUGCAAGCAAGCAUCAAUCAUCUUGUCUUCAAUAUUCUCGAGCGCACGUACAGAAACCCUCUGCUCCAGAUUCAAAUCCGAACCCCGAAACCCUAAUUUUACCCUGGAGUUUCAGUUUGGUUGAUUGAUUUGAUUCUGAGCCUGGACCCUCGAUUCGCAUUGAGUAGAGCGAAAAGAAUUAGACUUGGAACAAAAACCCUCAAUUAGGGAUUUGGAAAGGGAGAAUGACGACUGAGAAGAAAGCGUCGGAGGGCAUAGCUUUGCUAUCUAUGUACGGCGACGAAGAUGAUGAGAUGGAGGAGCUUGAUGAAGAGGACAAAGUAGGCGACGAAGAGGAUACUCACCCUCCAGUGGUGGAUUCCGUUGGCGUGAAAGAUGGCGACGAUGUUAAUGAUAGUGGUAAUGACAUUGUGCCAGGGCAGCUGGAUGAGCGAGUACCGAUUGAAAAUUCGACUCCUAAUAAGACCUUUAAUCAGGGUACUUCUUCGGCGUCUGCAACUCCACAGCCGCCUGUUUUUUCGCCUCCACAGCAGCAGCAACGACCGGUUUCUUUUGAUUUUCAGAGUCAGAAGAGUCGUCUGACGAUUGUGGAUUAUGGGCACGAAGAAGGGGCUAUGACUCCCGAACCUGAGGAUGGUGAAGUCUUGGUGGCUGGUCGAGUAACGCACGGGGAAGACCUUCAAACUAGCGAGGGUGAAUCUCUAGAAAAGCAAUCACCUGGAUUAGUUCGUAUGCCAACACCUAGUACUCAAGCAACUACACCUCAAUCAUUGGAACAAAUUGACCAAUCUGAAUUACAUGCCACGUAUCAUUCUGAAAAGGAGCCAGAAUAUGCAGAGAGUGAGGAUAUUGUUAUGGUAACAGUUGAAGAGCAAAAAGAUGUCGAUCCAUUGGAUAAGUUUCUUCCUCCACCCCCCAAGGCUAAAUGCUCUGAAGAAUUGCAAGAGAAGAUUGUUAAGUUUCUUACAGUGAAGAAGACUACUGGAAGGAGCUACAAUGCAGAAGUGCGGAACAGAAAGGAAUACCGCAACCCUGAUUUUCUGCUUCAUGCUGUAACUUACCAAGACAUUGAUCAGAUAGGGUCUUGUUUCAGUAAAGACGUCUUUGAUCCUCACGGAUACGACAAAAGUGACUUCUAUGAUGAAAUAGAAGCUGACUUGAGACGUGACAUGGAAAGGAGGGAGCAAGAAAGGAAGAAAACCCAAAAGUUAGAUUUUACCUCUGGAGGAAUGCAGCCAGGAAAUGUCAUUCCCACUUCAAAAAUCAGCAUACCAACACCAGGGACCACUGCUGCCGGACUCGUAAAUGUAGCACAAGCUACUUCAGAUGUUACAGCUCGGGAUGGUAGACAGAAUAAAAAGUCAAAGUGGGAUAAGGUGGAUGUUGAUCAAAGUAACCCUCUAGCAGGGCAGGAAAACCUGUCUACUGCUGGCGCUCACGCUGCGAUAUUGUCUGCCGCUAAAGCUGGGAGUGGAUACUCUGGUUUUGCGCAACAAAGGAGAAAGGAGGCUGAAGAUAAGCGGUCUAGUGAUAAGAAGUUGGAUAGAAGAUCAUAGAGUUGUCCUUUUGACUAUAAACCAUGAAUUCCUUUGUAGAAGAAGAGUAAAGGAGUAGGCACCACAGAGAUGUUGAGCUUGCAGCCAUUGUUGAGGAUAGAUGUUGUAAACAUGACUGUUGUAAGUUAAGUUUAUUUAGAUGUAGAUGUGAAUCCUUUUUAUUGUCCAACCGACUAAACUACUUUUGAGGAUACCAACGUUCAAUCAUAUAUUAAUGAUUCUAUGAGAAGCUUUUGUUAUUCUAUUUA